AUGGACUCAGACUCGGACGACGAGAUUGCGCACAGUGGUGAGGGACAGAGUUCACCUACCCGCGCUGUCCCGGCUACGCCCACUCCUGCUUUGUCGUCCCGUCGCAGCAUGGGCCAGUUCUCCAACAAGCUUGGCUUCACUCCUCUCGCGCAGCAGCUCAGCGCUUGGUCCGCUGCCAGUCCCGCGAAGCAGACGCGGCCGUCAGCCCCGAAGGCGACAGUGGAAAGCCCGAACAAGCUAGCGCAGUCUCCCGCGGCUUCUGUCCGCAUUGACGACUCUCCCGCCAAGAGCACUUUUUUCGAGGACGAGAUGACCAUUCGCGCCGAGUUUGACCUCCAACAGCAGGUUGAGGCUGCCAUUGAAGAUGAGAUCAUGGCGGAGCUGGAUGACCCCGAGUUUGACGACAUGAUGAUCACUCAAGAAGACAUGCAGCUUGCCGCUGAAGCAGACGAGAUGUCUUUGCUGGAGCCUAGUCAGGUGGAAGAGAUGGCGGGCAUUCUCGCGCUGGACGACAGCCUGUCCGAGGCCAGUCAGGAGUACGGCGACGAGAAUGAGAUGCCUGUCGACCCGGCCAUGAACGACGGCCUUUCCAUCCCUCCGACGACGCCGCUCCGCACCCUCACCCGCGAGUUCCACACGGUCUCCAAGGUGCCGCUGAAGGCGGCUGACGACUCGACGCCGCGCCCCAAGAAGAAGCGUGCUGCCAGCAUUUCGCGCCUUCCCGUCAGCAGGCCCACGCAGGGCCUGACAAGGAGCGCGACCGUCAUCUCCUACUCUUUCCAUGAAAGAACCAACAAGCCCGCUCUGGAGGCGAAACCCGAUGUUGAGCAGGAGGAGCCCCUGCAGUCUGCUCCUGUCACACCGACCAAGUCUGACAUCUGGUCGACCCUGGGUACCCCGGCGCGGACGCCGCGCCGGGACGUUGACCCCGCACUUCUCAGCGGAGCCGUCGUCUUCGUGGAUGUGCACACCAGUGAGGGCGAUGACGCUAGCGGCAUCUUCGUCGAGCUCCUCGCGCAGAUGGGUGCGCGCAGUGUCAAGAACUGGGACUGGAACCCUGAUAGCGCCGGCCCUGACAGCUCCAAAAUUGGCAUCACUCACGUUGUCUACAAGGAUGGCGGUCAGCGCACCCUGGAGAAGGUCCGCCAAGCUAAAGGCGUCGUCCAGUGUGUCGGCGUCAGCUGGGUUCUCGACUGCGAGCGAGAGAAUGAAUGGCUCGACGAGGCUCCCUACAACAUUGACACAUCGUCGUCGUCGUCGUCGUCGUCCCGCGGUGGUGCCCGUCGCCGCAAGAGCAUGAUGGUCACCAGCCCGACCAAGGGCAGCCGCGACGCCCAGACGGCACCCAACACGCCCAUGAACAGGCGCGAAAGCACGGCCUGGGAGCACUCGCCAUCGGACCUCGUUGAGGACGACGAUCAGGAGUGGCAGACGUUUCUGACGCCCGUGCCGCAGACGCCGGCACCGGACGCGCUGGCCAGGUACGCCGCAGACUUGACCCCCGGCACGCCCACGGCCACUCUCAGCUCAUCGGAUGACUCGCCCCUGAGCGAGCCGAUGGGCAUGAAGACGUGUCCCCCCAAGCCCAACGCCUACAGCGAGAUGGGCCACGGCAUCCUCGACAGGGAGAAGGAUGACAAUGUUGUGAGGAGGUUGAUGGCUGCUCGCAGGAAGAGCUUACAGUUUGCCCCCAAGAUUGGCAGCCCUCUGGCCAGGGCCUGGUGA